UAGAUAGUAACGGAGCACCGGAGACCCAGCGGCGGCAGUGUGCGCGUGACAGCACAGAGGAGAUAACGUUCAAGAGCCUCGCGUGCCUCGCAGUCCUUCUCAGACCCUCUGCACCUCCACCGGCUUCAUCGUUUGGACCUACACCUACCAGCCCCAUCAGAGAUGUCGAAGAAAAGGUUCACCGAACCGGAUUCCCGGGUUAAAAAAACAGCUUUUCAAGGCUUUUCAUCCAUGACCACCAACGACCUCUCACGUUUUUCGCCGGAAUGUGUAGAAUGAAGUGUUCUCGGUAACUACAAAGGAGAAGCAAGAGUGUGAAGAUGUCGGUACCUCUGCUGAAGAUAGGCGUCGUGCUGAGCACCAUGGCGAUGAUCACCAACUGGAUGUCGCAGACGCUGCCGUCGCUGGUGGGGCUGAACACCACCAAGCUGACCGCGGCGCAGGGAGGCUACCCGGACCGGAGUACGGGAGUACUGCCAGCGAACCCGGAGGACUCAUGGCAGGUGUACAGCUCGGCCCAGGACAGCGAGGGCCGGUGCGUGUGCACCGUGGUGGCGCCGCAGCAGUCCAUGUGCUCACGAGACGCCCGCACCAAGCAGCUCCGCCAGCUGCUGGAGAAGGUCCAGAACAUGACCCAGUCCAUCCAGGUCCUGGAUCAGCGGACCCAGCGGGACCUGCAAUACGUGGAGAAGAUGGAGGUCCAGCUGCGGGGUCUUGAGACCAAGUUCCGACAGGUGGAGGAGAACCACAAGCAGAACAUCGCCAAGCAAUACAAGGCCAUAAAAUCGAAAAUGGAGGAACUUAGACCCUUGAUACCAGUGUUGGAGGAGUACAAAGCCGAUGCCAAAUUGGUAUUGCAGUUUAAGGCGGAGGUCCAGAAUCUGACGUCAGUGCUAAGCGAACUUCAGGAGGAGAUGGGGGCCUACGACUACGAGGAGCUCCACAACAGAGUGUCUAAUCUUGAGGACAGACUCCGAGCAUGCAUGCAAAAAUUAGCGUGUGGUAAACUGACUGGGAUCAGUGAGCCCAUCACCAUCAAGACGUCAGGCUCCAGGUUCGGCUCCUGGAUGACCGACCCCCUGGCCCCCGAGGGAGACACCAGGGUGUGGUACAUGGAUGGCUACCACAACAACCGCUUUGUGCGCGAGUACAAGUCCAUGCACGACUUCAUGACGACGGACAACUUCACGUCCCACCGCCUGCCCCACCCGUGGUCGGGCACCGGCCAGGUGGUGUACAACGGCUCCAUCUACUUCAACAAGUUCCAGAGCCACGUCAUCAUCAAGUUCGACUUCCGCACCUCGGCCAUCAGCAAGUCCCGGCAGCUGGACUACGCCGGCUUCAGCAACGCGUACCACUACGCCUGGGGCGGCCACUCGGACAUCGACCUCAUGGCGGACGAGGGCGGCCUGUGGGCCGUGUACGCCACCAACCAGAACGCCGGCAACAUCGUGAUCAGCAAGCUGCAUCCCAGCUCGCUGCAGAUCGUCAAGAGCUGGACCACCAACCACCCCAAGCGCAGCGCGGGCGAGUCCUUCAUGAUAUGCGGCACGCUCUACGUCACCAACGGCUACUCCGGCGGCACCAAGGUGUACUACGCCUACUCCACCAACUCGUCCACCUACGAGUACAUCGACAUCGCCUUCGAGAACAAGUACUCGCACAUCUCCAUGCUGGACUACAACCCGCGGGACCGCGCGCUGUACGCCUGGAACAACGGCCACCAGGUGCUGUACAACGUCACGCUGUUCCACGUCAUCCGCUCGGAGGAACUGUAACCGGGCGGGGCGGGGCCGGCGACGGAGGAGGAGGGACGGGGACGGAGCCACCGUCAGCGGUGUUCAGACGCUUAUACUGUCCGUGUAGACA